AUGACGAGCAGAAUAGGGGAGUUUGGCUCAGAUGUCAAUGGGUCGGUACAAGGUAUUCUUGAAGUAUGGCAUGACCACCGACCCGCGAUACUCUUUGCGACAACUGGUAUUUUAACAGUACUUUGGUUAUACAUAGAGCUACGACAAAAGCCAAAGAUCCCUACCGAUACUUUCAAGUUUGAUCAACAGACUACAAAACCUACCACAGGCGAAGAUACUAAAGUUCUAGAAGAAAAGGUUAACUUGCCGAGAGAAAAGGCGAAAGAACCUACGACCGGACCGCGACGUAUCAAAGGCGAGCUACGAAGAACGGAUACCGCGCGCAAGGGCGAAGAGUCUAAAACACCAGUACAAACACUCGUAUUCUACUCGUCCUUGACUGGAAGCACGGAGAGGACUGCCAAUGGGAUUGCCCAGACUCUCGGAACCUUGUUGAGAGAGAAGGUUGACGGCUCCGAGAGGUCUUUCUUAGAUCCUCUUGUCUUAGAUUUAGCCGAAGUGGAUUACGACGAAUAUUUCAUCAGUCCACCGAAAUCAGCAGACAGCAAUACACCCAUAGAUUACUUCUAUCUCUUUUUGGUACCUAGCUACAAUAUCGAUUCCAUCAACGACAAUUUGCUUGAGCAUCUAACAGAAACGCAUCAUGACUUCAGAAUCGAUACCGCACCACUAUCUGGUCUACUUGGCUAUUCUGUCUUCGGUCUAGGUGACAGAGAGGGAUGGCCGACCGAAGAAGAAGGGUUUUGCUUUCAAGCUAAGGAGGUUGAUAAAUGGAUGGCUAGGCUUACGAGUCGUAAGAGGGCCUAUCCCUUAGGAAUGGCAGAUACGAAACGAGAUCUUAAAGAAAGACUUAGCGAAUGGACCGAUGGUGUGGUAGACAUCUUGAAACACGUCGCCCGCACGGGAUCUUUGGGAGAGGGGGUACCUGGUAGCGGAAAUGAUGUGGAAAGCGAAGACGAAUACGGCUCUGGGGAUGAUGAUGGAGAAGUCGAAAUCGACCAGACAGUAGCGAUAAAGAAAUUGAAAAAGGGGCGUUCGGGAAACAUUGACGAUGUCGAGGACCUCGGGAGGAUCAUGAAGACUUCUCGAACCGAUCCAGAAGUCUCCAACAACUCUACACCAAUCGCCGUGGACUUCACUACAUACAACAAGCCAAAAUCGAAGAGGCCACCCCAAACUGUCAAGGAGAUGGUACCUAAGAACUCGCCUACGUAUGCCUCUUUGACUAAGCAGGGUUAUUCCAUCGUAGGUUCGCACUCAGGAGUCAAGAUCUGCAGAUGGACCAAGUCGGCACUACGCGGACGCGGCUCUUGCUAUAAAUUUUCUUUCUAUGGAAUCGCGUCGCAUCAGUGCAUGGAGACUACGCCGUCGCUAUCAUGCUCCAACAAGUGCGUUUUCUGCUGGCGCCACGGGACGAAUCCCGUUGGGACUACCUGGCGCUGGGUUGUCGACCCGCCUGAGAUGAUCUUCGACGGUGUCAAAGCCGGGCACUACAAGAAAAUCAAAAUGUUACGCGGUGUCCCCGGUGUCAGGGCUGAGAGGUUCGCCGAAGCAAUGCGCAUACGGCACUGCGCGCUAAGCCUGGUUGGCGAACCCAUUUUCUACCCGCACAUCAAUGAAUUUCUAGCAUUACUACACGGCGAGCGCAUCUCCUCAUUCCUCGUUUGCAAUGCCCAACACCCAGAGCAGCUCGCGGCCCUCAAGGCUGUCACUCAGUUAUACGUGUCCAUCGAUGCUAGCAACAAGGAGUCUCUGCGCAAGAUCGAUCGGCCGUUACACCGAGACUUUUGGGAGCGCUUCCAGCGCUGCCUCGAUAUCUUGCGCGAGAAACGCUUCCGUCAGCGUACCGUGUUCCGGCUGACCCUCGUCAAGGGGUUCAACGUCGAGGACGAGGUCGAGGGCUAUGCGGACCUUGUUGAGAAGGGCUUGCCCUGCUUCGUUGAGAUCAAGGGUGUUACAUACUGUGGCACCUCUAGCAGCGCCGGCGCGGGUCUGAGUAUGGCCAAUGUACCCUUCUAUGCUGAGGUCACCGAGUUCGUCACCGCUCUCGAUAAGAAACUCCGCGAGCGCGGGUUAGGGUACGGCAUCGCGGCUGAGCAUGCGCAUAGCUGCUGCGUACUCAUCGCUAGCGAGCGUUUUAGGGUAGAUGGGAAAUGGCAUACUAGGAUUGACUAUCAGCGCUUCUUUGAGCUACUCGAGGAGAGGGGCGCAGAUGGCGACUGGAUGCCGGAAGAGUAUAUGGGACCCGAGACGCCCGAGUGGGCUACCUGGGGUAAUGGCGGUUUCGACCCACGGGAUGUGAGAGUCGAUCGCAAGGGUAGGAAGAUCGAAGUCUCUUAA